AUGUGGAAAAACGUAAAGCCCGGCGUAUAUAUCGAGUUCACCACAGAUGAUGGCGAAAGUCUGGACGGUGAAGUCUUAUGUUCUGAUGAGAACAAAAAAUUUUUUAUGUUUCAGCGCCCUGCCAAAUCCGGUCGGCAUGAUACUUACGAUGUCUUCCUCUAUCGGCAUGAAAAUGUCAAAGAAAUGAAAAUAGUCAAACAAAAUUCAUCGUUUUCAUAUCCUGAGCUUGAUUUAGAAAAGGUGACUGCUCGAUCUAGUCGCAAUGAGAGACAAGAACAGGAGCGAAUAAAACUUUUUGAGUCUGACGUACCAAAAGAAGUCAGGGAACUUUUUGAGCAUUUAUCAAAGACGCUGCCGGGUGAUGCUCAAUUCUCCGUCCGUUGGGUGAAGCCAGACAUCCAUGUCCUUGAUCAGACCAUCAUAAAGGCUCCUUACUCCGUCGAAAGUGUCCAGUUUAAGAAUGAAUCUGCUAAAGCGAAAUCUGAGAGGGACUAUGUACGAAAACUGGUUGAAAAAUUCUACUCUGAAAGGAGCUCGGGUUCCUAA